GCCUCAAUAUCUUCAUCCUCUAAUUUCAAAUCAUAUAACAAAAAAUGGGUUCCAAAACAUUUUUGAUUCUUGGCCUUUGUUUGGCCAUUUUUGUAAUGAUAAGUUCUGAUGUCGUUGCUAGAGAGUUGGCUGAGACUUCCACCACUUCACGAGAGGACUCAAAAAAAUCCAAUAACAAGAAUGAAGUACAUGAGGCCCAAUUUGGUGGAUACCCUGGUAAUGGAUAUCCCGGAUCUCCUCCUGGUGGUGGACACCUUAGUGGCAGCCGAGGUGGUGGCAGCCGAGGCGGUGGUGGAUAAUCUGGCGGGGGCCACGGUGGACGUCGCGGUGGCGGCCGCCAGUGCUGCUAAAGUCACUGAAGCUAAGCCUCACAUACUUGUAAUUAGUGGCAAGAUGUAAUAGUAAUAUUCUUGCUGCUUUUUCGAGCUUGCUGUAGGAAUUAUUAUGAAAUAAAAGCCAUCAUGUUAUGUUAGUAACGAUACAAUAGUACGUGCCAUAAUAUUUUGGGAACAUAACACUUUAUCACUAUUUGAAGAAAAUAUUUAGCCGUUGUAGCCCAUA